GUUUUAAAAAGGUCGAAAGUCCAUGAUGAUGAAGAUGGCUGUACUUCCGCAACACCUCAUCACCGAUAUACUUUCUCUACUACCCGUCAAGUCCCUGUUACGUUUUCAGUGCGUUUCAAAGCCAUGGUUUGCUCUAAUCCACGACCCAUAUUUCAUCAACGUAUAUUUCGAGAACAACAACAACAACGGAGAAUUAAGUUUCAUUGUGGAGACAUCUGAGCUGGAGUUGUCAUCUCCUCUUAGGCGAUGGAAAUAUGAUUACCACUUGGUAAAUUUUUCCAAUGAGGAUGAGUCGAUGAGCGAGCCCCUGAAGAUCAUCCCACCAUUCUUUCGUCCACACAACCUCGUGGUAGGCUGUUGCAACAGCUUAGUUUGCAUCCUCAACUAUGAUGACCGAUGUUCCCCCUGCAAUGAUUUUGAAAUUUUUAUUUGGAAUCCAUCAAUCAAAAAAUACAAGAGAUUACCUUUGGUGCCUAUAGAGCCUAUAGAGGAUAAUCUCCUCCAGCAAUCGUUAGCAUUCGGGUAUGACCCCGUCAACAACGAUUACAAGGUUUUAAUGAUAGUAUAUGUGAUGAUUGAUUAUCGUAUGAAGCCCUUAGAAAUUAUGAUAUGUAGUCUGAAAGCACGUUCUUGGAGAAGAGUAGAAGAUCAAUGGCCUUGCAAGGAUUCAACUAUUUCGUCGGGGCCCGUUUUCUCAAACGGUGCUUUUCAUUGGUUGAUUGAUAGUACUAGAGCAGGGACCCUUCUAGCAUUCGAUCUCAUUACUGAGAAAUUUAGAGUGCAAGCCACUCCAUUCAAAUCUUAUUCGAUCAUGGGUUUGAACGUUUUGGAAGGAUCACUAUGUGUUUCUGUAAAUACUAAGGAUCAAGACAUUGGCUUACAACGCAUUAAUGUUUGGACGAUGAAGGAGUACGGGGUGGCGAGUAGUUGGAGUCGGCUUUACACGGUGCGUAGGAAUUUCCGCCACAGGCGAUCAUUAGCUUUUUCAAAUGACGGUAAAAAGGUUCUAAUGCAGAACAUGUCUCAAGAUCUCUAUUGGUAUGACACAAACAAUAAGACAUGGAGCAUUGUUUUUAAGAAUGUUCGGUGUAAUUCUCCAAAGUAUUGGGCAAUGUCUUGUGUGGAAAGCCUCUUUCUCCUUGAUGGUGAUAGUGACAAUUGA